AUGUUAGAUGUAACCGAAUGGACCGCGGUUUGCUAUCCGCACUAUAAGCUACUAAGGGAGUGAAUAAUAUCGCAGGAACAUACCGCUGUAGAAGUUUAUAAAGACAGCUGCUGUAUCGGGAUCUUUGAGGUGCAAGGUCAUGGCCGUGGGUACUACUCGUGGGUAAGGGGCACCAAUUCAGGAUUCCUUUGUUCGUAAUGACGACAAUCUCUGCUUACAGCAAAGAGACAACUAACUAUGCUCGAUUGUGUCGCCUGCUAGUAGAUGUGGGUUCACAAGUACUGAGGGAUGUAUUCGAGAAACUGCGCCCGCCAGGAAACCUUAAUACAGUUUUAAACACUCCUUCUGUAUUAUCCACGCUGACUUCAUUGAAAAAGAGGCGAGUUCUUUACCCGGCACAGUGGACCAAACUCACCUCAUCGUCAGUCUCAUCGUUGGAUUUUGACAUUACCCUGAUAGCUGUCCUUCUUAGGAAUAUAUGUGGUCUUUCUCCUCCGGCAACUGGCUGGAACACUCCUCCACCCGCCUCAGACACAACAGAGGCAGCCGAUAUCACCCGUAUCAAGAUCUAUAGGAACGAAGUCUUCGCCCACGCCGAGCGGGCUUCUGUUGAUGAAGUACAAUUCAAUACUCAUUGGAAGAAUAUCAAGGACCCCUUGGUGAGACUAGGAGGUAUUAAAUACGAUGCGAUUAUUGAUAACCUGAAAACUGAGGGAGUAGACCCUGAGAAGGAAGAAGGGUAUCAACAGCUCCUCAAAGAAUGGAAGGAAUAUGAAGAAAGUGUCAUUUCAGAGGGAAUUGGUGAGAUAAAGGAACAACUGGGGACAUUCAGUUGCAAAAUACAAAAGCUAGAGGAGAAAGUAGAUAUGAUGCUACCUUCGGCAAUCCCCGCGAAAGAUCUCUGCCUAAAAGACUUAAGGGAUCGUCUGGAGAAGCUCUAUAACAACUUAAGCCAGGUCAGAGUCACACCUUGGGAUCCUGACAACACUGUAGAAAUCGACGAAAUUUACACAGAGCUCUUUUGGGUCAGGGACUACAAAAAGCCACGUGGGAAGAAACAGGAGAAACUUGAUGAUUAUUCCAACAUUUUGAAAGAGCUAAAAAGCAACAGAAUCCUUGUAUAUGGUAUGCCCGGUAUAGGAAAAUCCACCUUCGCUAAGAAAAUCGCCAUCGACUGGGCAAGAGGUAGAAAGGAAAACCUAAAGAAGUUUGAUCUGCUACUCAUGAUUCCGUUACGAAAUGUUUCCAAUAUUAAAACCUUUCGUAACAUGUUAAUUGAAGCUAAGCUAUUUUCCGCUGAAGACCACAGGCUCGUAGAUACUCUCAUCAAGUACAUCCUUGAGCACAAAGAUAAAGUUUUGUUGGUUUUGGAUGGUUAUGAUGAGUACAGUGCAGGCGAGGAGACACCAUUUGUUGGCCGCCUGUGGAUGGGGGAAGAAUUCCGGGAAUGCUUUGUGAUACUGACAACGCGACCGAUAAGGGAAGAUGAUGUAAAGCGAUACAGCAGCGCUCAUUUCCAGAUAAAAGGAUUUGACGAAACCCAGAUCAAAGAGUUUUCAAUGAAGUUUCUAGAUGAUGAACAGGAAGUGCAUAAAUUUCUUGAUUACAUUAAGGUCCACAAGCUGAAGGAAAUUGCAGAAAUUCCCCUGCUUCUGCUGAUGCUUUGUUUACUCUGGAAGGAAAAGAAUCGCAAAGGGUUACCAGAGGCAAAAGUAUAUCUUUACAGCGAGUUCAUUCAAACUCUUUUUAACCACAUGGCCGCAAAGGACGCCGAUGAAGAAUUUAGGAGCAUCAAGAGUUACCGUGUCGAUCUUGAACAAGUAGGAGAACUGGCAUUUAAUGCGUUACUAAACAAUUCUCUUGAGCUUGAUUACGAGCAUUUUCCUAACGAGCUUCUGAGUAGCAAAUUGAUCCGAGUUGGCGUAAUUCAGAUUGUAAAAGUCUUCAGCGCAAAGCCAAAGAAGAUGGUUGCCUUCCUUCAUAAAUCCUUUCAAGAAUUCUUAGCAGCCUGGUUUAUCAUUCACAAGUUACUUCCCUCCGCUAAAGAUAAUGUUACUUGCAUACCUGUCAUAGAUUCAACAAAAAAAGUUGUCGACUUGCUUGAGGUCCUCAAAUUUGUCUGCGAAUGGUCGCCAGAAGGGUCGAAAGCGGUAUUGCAGCAUCUGGCGUCUUUGAGGAAAAACCACGAUCCUCUCAAAGACGUUAAAACAGAAACACCGUUCGUGGAGGAUUUGCCGAGCAAUGACAAAAGAUUAUCAAAGUUGAGCCUCGAGUGCUUUAUCACCACACCCAUUCAAUUCAAGACAGAAGUGUACCCGUCACUAUUGAAAUCUCUCACUGGCGUUUUAAUAAUACCAGACACACUCCUGUCUCAGGUGGCCGACGGGCAUUUUGUGAAGUCCGAAUCCCUGCCUGAGAGUGUAUUCUUUGAUUUUCAAAGGCGUCCUUCUCCUGAAGAUCGUGGCUACAUUUCCUCCAUAAUGGACGAUCUUAACGCGGUAAUUGUAAGUGCUUCAGAAGAAACGAAGGCUACGGACUUUGUUAGAAGACAAGGCAAAACUGAUGUAUUGGCCUCUCUAUUGGUAAAACGCGUAGAAAGUAAGAUGUAUCUUCACUUUUCUCAGAUUACUAACAUUGACGUUGGAACACUGAAGAGGCUUGCGAUACCAGCACCAGCUACGUUUUCUCAAGCCCGUAUAAGUCAUGAAGACCGAGAGGUCGGUGAUAGGGCAGCUAAGAUGGAUUUACUAAUUCGUCGGCACUGUUUUUCUCUUGCAAAGAAAAUUGAUGUCAAGGACUUAGAAGGCGACAUCAUCAGCGUUAUUUCUAAUGUUUUGCCCUUUCUUGGCAGACCGCGAGAGAUAAUAUUACGAAGCACUAAAGAAUCCUUUGCGUCUCAGGCGACGGAAGGUCUGGUGUCGGGAAUGAACAUAACAGAGUGUCUCAAACGCUUGAGACUCCAAAAAAUAGGCUUGACGGAAAAAUUUCUGCCCGUGGUAGCAAACGCCUUUCCGAAAGCUUGUAACUUGCAAGAGUUGUCCUUAUCAGAGAACCCAUUGGGUAGCAGUGUGAGGUGCCUGGCAGCAAAUCUUCGUCAUGUACAGCAGCUGACUAUCUUAGAAUUGUCAAAUGCUCUCAUGGAACAAGAAGCCUUCUCAGACCUUGCUAAUGCCUUGCGCCAUGUUCCUCACUUGGAAGAACUUUCUGUGUCUCGAAAUCGACUCGGAACGUCGAUCAUAGAUUUAGCAGAAAACUUGGAAUAUGUUCCCGAAUUGACUCGACUGGAUUUAAGAGAAACCCACAUGGACGAAGAAGGAGGAAUGGCUAUCUCUGACUGCUUACAAGCUCUUUUAAAACUAGAACUGCUGGAUAUAUCUCACAAUCCACUGGGAAGCGCAGUUGCUGUGAUUGCAGAAAAUCUUUGCAAAGCUACUUGCCUCAUUGACCUCAAUAUGGCUGACACAAAAAUGGGCGCAAAGGAGGCCACGGCACUUGCUAGCUCUCUUAUGUACCUUCAAAAUCUUACAACACUGUCAGUUGGAUCCAAUCAACUGGCUCAAGGAGUAAGUGAUCUCGUCUGGCAUCUCUCUGAAAAAUCAAAGCUGAAGCGACUUAACAUGGAGAACGUAGAGAUGGGCGAGGAGGAGGUCGACAAUGUGGCGAAAACCUGCAAAAAGCUCCAAAGCUUGGCCAUUGUUAAUGAUUAUCUUGACGAAAAAGGAGAGUCUAAGAAACGACAGAAGAAAGCUGAUGACCAUAUUCCAGAUGACGACGAUGAUUACGGUCAGAACAACUUUCCAGACAACAAUCGUCUACCUUAUUCCCCCAACAACAGCAAUAGCGACAAGGACAGUUAUGACGAACCCUUUGGAGGUUUGUACGAUGAUCCUGAUUUGAAUGACGAUCGGGACCACUUUCCAGAUAACGAUCUUGAAGAUCUUUCCCCCAACAACAGCAAUAGCGACAACAGAAGUUAUGACGAACCCUUUGGAGGUAUGUACGAUGACGCUGAUUUGAAUGACGAUCGGGACCACUUCCCAGACAACGAUUUUGAAUAUCAUUCCCCCAACAACAGCAAUAGUGACAACGACAGUUAUGACGAACGCAUUGGAGGUUUGUACGAUUACGCCGAUUUGAAUGACGAUCGGGACCACUUUCCAGACAACGAUUUUUAAGAUCAUUCUCCCUACAACAGCAACAACGACGACGACAGUAAUGACGAACACCUAGGAGGUUUGUGCGACGACACUGAAUUUAAUAACGAUCAAGACCACUUUCCAUACAACUAAGGGGGAGAUCAUUCCCCCGACAACGGCAACAACGACGAUGACAGUAAAGGCGGACACUUGGGAGGUUUGUACGAUAACACUGAUUUUAAUAACGAUCGGGACCAAUAUUCCGACAACUGUUUUGGAAAUCAUUCCUGCAACAACAGCGACAGCGAAAACGGCAGUAGCGACGAACUCGAGGAGGUUUUGUACUAAGAGAAUGAUUUUGAUGACCAUUAAGACCACUUUCCAGAUAACGAUUUUGGAGAUUAUUUCUCCAACAACAGCAACGAUGACAACGACAGUAAUGACCAACACGUGGGAGGUUUUUACAACGAGAAUGAUCAGGAACUUUUUGCAAACAAUUAUGAAGGAGGUUAUUCCCCUCACAGUAAUGA